CAACAUUUCUUCCCAUUUGGGUUUCAAAAAGGGAAAAAAAAUCCCCAAGCUGGAUUCGUUUGUGUUAACAUUCUUCAGGCAAUACUUGACUCUGUUCCGCAAGUAUUUUAUGAGGAAGGGGUUGAGAGAUCUUGUCGGUGGCGUCGGGGACGGGGAGCCAUCGUCGAGUUCGAAGAGGAAGAAUGUAUAUCCGCCAAUUGAAGCUUUCUGGCUGCCGCCGGCGGAGGCAGCACCGGUGGAGGCAAAGGGCAGCCGGGGGUUGAGUUCGAAGCUGCUUCAGCCGCUCAAGUUUCGGAGGUCGUCGGAAAAGAGGAGGAGCUUGAAGAUGGCCAUGGAAGGGAAACAUGAUCCCAAGGAAGAAGAAGCUGUUGAUGCUUUAAGGGAAAUGCUUUUUCUUGACUGUCAGUUGCCGCCCAAAUUUAACGAUUAUCAUACUCUUCUAAGAUUCCUACGCAUGAGGGAUUUUGAUCGUCCAGCAGCAAAAGAAAUGUUUUUGAAAUUUAUAAAAUGGCGUGAGGAGUUUAGAACUGAUGCAAUUUCGAAGGAGUUUAAGUUCGAGGAGAGAGAAGAGGUGAAGAAGUGCUACCCUCAUGGAUUCCAUGGAGUAGACAGAUAUGGGAGGCCAAUCUACAUUGAAAGGCUUGGGAUGGUUGACCUCAACACACUACUUCAAGUGACAACACUUGAGAGGUUUGUGAAGUAUCAUGUGUCUGAGCAAGAGAAGACUUUGAGCAUUAGAUAUCCUGCUUGUUCCAUACAAGCCAAGAAGCACAUUGCAUCCACUACGAGCAUUUUAGAUGUCGGUGGUGUGGGGAUGGCUAACUUCUCCAAGCCUGCGAGAUAUCUCUUUACGGAAAUCCAAAAGAUCGACAGCAAUUACUAUCCCGAGACACUACAUCAAUUGUUUAUAAUCAAUGCUGGGUCAGGGUUUAAGAUACUAUGGAAAGCAUUGAGCGCAUUUCUUGAUGCACGAACCUUAGCUAAGAUUCAUGUUUUUGGACAUAAUUAUGUUCAAGAGCUACGCGUGAUCAUCGAUCCGAGUAAUUUACCAAGUUUCCUAGGUGGAAAUUGUGUUUGUUCUGAAUAUGGAGGUUGCCUAUCAAGUGAUAGGGGGCCUUGGAACAAUCCUGACAUUCUAGCCUUGCUUCAGCAGGUUAUUUCUUCGGCAGAUGAAGCUUGUGAUUAUGAUGAAGAAGAAAGCGGUUUGGCUUCGGAAGAUGCUUGGUUAGAUAAUAGAAAAAUUCAAGCCUUGGAAGAAGCUUUAGCAGAGACUAAGACAAAAAUUGAGGCAUUAGAAACAGCACUUGAAGAUACCAAAGUGAUUUUGAGAGAGGUUACACAAUAUAUAGACGACUUAAGAACGUGAAAAGAAAAAUCCAAUCGAAUUGCAUGGAUUUCCAUAUUUUAAACCGAAUGGUCCAAAAUCAAAAGGCGGAGACAAUGGAAAAUUAUGGAAUCUACGUCAACAAAAAUCUAAAAGUUGAUGGUUUUAUCUCAUCAACUUUCAUAUAGACGUGGAUUGCAAUAUACAUACAUAUACGUGCAAAAUAUGAAGUCAUUCAUUCGGUCUAUUCUUCAUAUAAUGUGCAAAAAAUUGUAACUUUAUAACCUUGAAAACAAAACUUUUAACUCUUGAUUGUAAUUAAGUUAAUUUUGGUUUGGUUGAUGUGGUUAAAUUUAACUAGUAGUUUCGUGUGUGUAAUAUAUUAAUUUUUAGUAAUAUGAACAAAAUGUAGGUGGAGAUUCAA